AACCUUCGGGUUCGGUAAGCCAUGUAGGUAGGUAGUUAGAUAGUUAGGUAUAAUUUCUGUUCUGAUUCGUACUCUUUCCGUCACGUGCUCAUCAAAAGACACUUCCUAAGGUAUUCAUUCUAAGCUGGAAAGUUGCUCACAUCGAUAAGUAAAGCAAAGCUGUUCCACUAUAUGCCAUUUAGGCGUUUGGGGGAGGGGAAUGUAGCUCCUACUCAUUCUUAACCUCGGCAUUAUGUGGGUGUGUGUGGUAAGCGUAAGGCCCCGUCUGCGCGUUACUUCCGGGAUAGAACCCCGGUACCCAUUGGAUAGGAGGUUGGGUGGACCCACAAAAGAACUGUCAAAUUAUGUUGACAAAGAAAGCGUGUUUUAUAUCGGGUAACAUGUUUGUGAUCAGGGUAACAAUGUUGCAAAAAUGUACGCGAAUCAGACGAACCAUGUCGGUGGGUCGAGGGAUAUUUACCCCUGUGAAGAUUAUUCGGGAAAGAACAAGAUCCAGUUUGUGACAGCAUGAUGUUCGUUCAAACAAAACAUGAACAUUGACGUAUCUUAUCGUUAUGCCACUAGGAGCAGCACGUCAUGUGCAGUUAGAGAGUGUUUAUAGUCAAAAUAUGUUUCCAUCAGAAUGACGUUGAGUUUGUGUGUAGUGAAAACUAUUUUUAUUGAUACUGAAAUGUUGUGCUAGUGUAACUGUAGAGUUCUGAAUAACGACAGUAUUAAAUUUGUAUUUGUACCCUGUGAAAAUGGCGAAUUUUUUGUUUUCCGUUGCAUUUGGAAUGAUUAUGUUGGAAAGGACUUCAUGGUACUUUUUCGUUUCGUCUUUGUCCGAAGACACUUCCAGUUUGGGGUCUCUUGUUUUCGUAAGCGCCUUAUAUCGCCAUGGAGACAGGACUCCAGUUUCCUCAUACCCAACUGAUCCAUAUAAUAACUUGAGCUACUGGCCUGUUGGUUGGGGGCAGCUCACAAAUAUUGGCAAGAAUCAGCACUAUGAAUUGGGUCAGUGGUUACGCAAGAGAUACAGUGAUGUCCUUCCUAAAAUGUAUUCUCGUGAAGAUAUCUAUGUUCGUUCAACAGAUGUUGACAGGACACUUAUGAGUGCUGCUAGUAACCUAGCUGGGUUGUAUCCUCCAGAGGGAGAUCAGAAAUGGAAUAAAAAUAUAGACUGGCAGCCAAUACCAGUCCACACAGUUCCAGAAAGUAUGGAUGAGAUUCUUGCUGGUAAACGCCCAUGUGCUAGUUAUGAUGCUGAACUUUUGCGGGUGAAGACAUCUCCUGAAAUGAGACGCUACAAUGAAGAGCAUGCUGACUUAUACAGAUACACAAGUGAGCAAUCAGGAAGCAAUAUACAUGAUCCAGAGAGUCUAGAGUUUCUCUGCAACACACUCUUCAUAGAGGAGCUGUACAACCUUACCUUACCCAACUGGACAAAGAGUGUUUACCCACAAAAGAUGAUGUCUGUAUCAUCAUACAGUUUCACAGUACCAGCUAAAACUAGGUUACUUCAAAGGCUAAAGAUUGGCCCUUUGGUGAGACAAGUAAUAAGACACAUGAUGGAGAAACGAGAUGGUACCAUGAAGCCUGAUUACAAGAUGACUAUGUAUUCAGCCCAUGAUACCACUGUGGCCAAUUUCCUUAUGGCUCUGGGUAUAUUUGAUGAGCAAAGUCCACCAUAUAGGUCUUUGGUUCUAGUUGAACUUUGGAAAAAUGAUCAAGCUGAAUAUCAAGUGAAGGUUCUGUAUCGUAACUCAACGACACAUGACCCAUACAAUCUUGCCAUACCUGGCUGUGCAUCCGUCUGUCCCCUUGAGAAGUUUGCUGAUCUUCUAAAGCCAGUUAUUCCUGUCAGUUGGGAGAAAGAAUGCAAGAUGGGUAUUUUCUCUGAUGAUUUUACUUUCAAUUCACUUGCUAUUAUAGCUCUGAUGGUGAGUGGUGUUUUGGCUGUGUUACUUUUAUUUUCAGUGGUUUUUGGAAUUGCAUUUUGGAGGAAACAGAAGGUAUCAUCAAACUACUACUAUCAUCAACUUCAGCAAGAUGUCAGUUAAACAAGCUUGCUUUUCAUCCAGGCAAUUUGCUGGACAUGAAUUUUGUAUCAUAUGAAAAAUUUUGCAGGAUAUUUGAACAGUUCAGAUACUGCACAAGUAGAGAUGGCCACAAAUUUAAAUAUUAGGCUGUGCUAUGAAUAUCCAUUCAUGAUUAAAGCAGCCAAACAUCAGUGAAUGAAAAGCACGAAAACAUUUGCAUCUAAACCCUUUUAACCCAUGAAAUCUUAAUAUGUAUUCCUCUAAACAGCGGAGAUAUUCAAUACAGUAAAUAAAAGGAAUCGCCCAUUGUUUUAGCAAGAAUAACACAACAGUAGCUCAAGCUGCAGUUUUUGUUAUGUAAUGUAAUUACUGUUUAAGUAACUGAAGUGUAAGGCAUUUCAUGUAGUCAAAAUGUGACAUAAAUAAAAUGGAAUAUGCAUUUAA